AUGUCAAUUAAUUUCUUCUUUCGAACGUCUGCAAAAGAGUGGGAUAUCACUGAAGCCAUUAUAUAUUAUGACCAAAAUAACAGCACAUCUGAAACAAGUUUACAUCAGCUUCUAUUGACAAUCAAGAACGAUCUCAAAUCAAUUGGAAAAACGCAAGCAAGCUUAAACAGAUACGUUUUGAAAGCUAUCAGACAGGUUGAUAAACUUUUGCAGUUAAGAUGCUUAGUAGCUACAAGAAGUGAUCCUCAAGCAUUGGAGAAUGAAAAAACCCCAACAGUUAAUAAUAUCAACAAUAUAUCGCAGAACGAACAAGUGAAUAUUGCUGGCGUCAAUAAUAUAGCUAUGAGUCAACCUACUGAAACAGAUGUGGGCGAGGGCUCAUCAAUUUACAAUAUCAAUUCACCCUCUGCACCGGUUGAACGCCCCCAUAAACCCAAGUUACGUAAACUUCAAAUUGAAGCUCUAAAUCAAGUUAUCCACUUUGGUACCUCAUUUUCUCAGGAUCACUCAUCAUCAAAGAUUUUAUACAACCAAUACAAGGAUGAACAAAAAGAGAAUCGCUCACUCAGGUCUCUUGGUUUGUUCGAUUAUGUUGUUGACCUAUUAGACAGUGAAACCAAUUACGAAUCAUUUGUUGAAGAAAUGUGGAUCUCGAAGCUUAGUGAAACCCAAGACAGUCGCAAAGAGUCUUUCUUAAAUAUCAUCAAGUACUCUUUAACAACGUUCCACCUUGUUUGCCGAUCUCCACCAGUCAAUAUUUCAAAUCAUGAGAGAACGCACUUUGUCGAAAAUGUUAUGCCAUCCUUGUUAGCACUUGAAAAGCUAUUGGACUUCAUCGAGUUCAAAUGGUGCGAAUCAGAAUUCAUCUCAUCCAAAAUGCUAAAUCAAAAAAACUUGGAUUACGACCUUCGAUCAACUACAUGCAAAUACAUUGACGCUCUUGGUAGUUUAACUACGCUGAAUAAUAUGGAACUUAUCAUCGUGGAGGCAUCUAGUGGACAACUCAAAGAAAAUACUGUCCAUUCAAUUGAAGAUACUCUUAAGAUACUGGAAUGUGGGAUAUCAUCAUUGAGAAAGGAAGCAGCCCAUUACAAUGGCGCGUCAUUGUCCACAUUCAUGAAGCUGAAGGUCUAUGGGAUUCAUGUUAUCAAAUCUCAAGUUACACUGUCAGAAAUCUCUUUCGAUGAUGAAAAUCACUGGAAAUGCAUUGAACUAAGAAGGGCCAAAUUACCAACAGCUUGGAGGGAUAGAAUUGGUCUUUUGCAAUAUAUGGAACUGCUAGCAACCCUUUAUAAUGCCUGUCAUGAAAACCAAAAGAUCCAAAAGCAGCUCAUCAAAGAAGAUGUUGGCUUGAUCCCUUUCAGUGGUCCUACUAUUGGAUCAGUGAUAAAAGACAAUUGA